AUGCACAAAUCCGUAUUCCUUCGGAUAGUAGAAGCUGUGACUGCUAACGAUGAGUAUUUUCAGGAGAGACGCGAUGCUACUGGGAGACAAAGUCUGUCCUCUUUACAGAAGUGUACAGGAGCUAUGCGGGUGUUGGCGUAUGGGACAUCAUCCGAUGUCGUCGAUGAAUAUUUGCGGAUGAGUUCAACGGCGACAAGAGAUUCUCUAAUGCAUUUUGUUGAUGGUGUUAUUUCAUGUUUUGGUGCCACAUAUCUUAGAAGACCUAAUGAACAAGAUAUGGCCAAACUUCUAUAUGUAGCAGAUCAUCGUGGUUUCCCAGGCAUGAUAGGGAGUAUAGACUGCAUGCAUUGGCAUGGAAAACCAACGAUCAUUUUGGAAGCUGUGGCAUCAUACGACUUAUGGAUAUGGCAUGCAUUCUUUGGGACUCCAGGUUCGUGCAAUGAUAUUAAUGUACUCCAUCGGUCUCCUGUUUUUGAUGAUGUCUUAGAAGGUCGAGCACCAUAUGUUAAUUAUGUAGUGAAUGAUCAUCAAUAUAAUAGGGCAUACUAUCUUACCGAUGGCAUAUAUCCUGCAUGGGCUACAUUUGUCAAAUCAAUCACUUCUCCACAAACUCAAAAGCAUAAGUUGUUUGCUCAACACCAAGAGCCCAUUAGAAAAGAUGUUGAGCGAGCAUUUAGAGUCCUACAAGCACGUUUCGCAUUUUUGCGACGGCCGUGUCUUGUAUGGGAUAAAAUUUUGAUGGGAAAAAUUAUGAUGGCUUGUAUCAUCAUGCAUAAUAUGAUAGUAGAAGAUGAACGUGAUACAUAUCAAAAUUAUUAUGAUGCCACUGAGUUUAUUGAAGAUACGCAUACAAGAGUACAUGAAAAAAAUGUUGAAGCCUUUUGCUAUUCCACUCAACGGAUCGGGAGCUUGUCAUCAUAUAUGACUAAUCGAGCUCAACUUCGCAAUAGAGAAGCUCAUAUUGCUCUUCGAGAAGAUUUGAUUGAGCACAUUUGGAAUAAAUUUGGCACAAACAAUUAA